AUGAUUCAUCAUGGAACCGUUCUUUCCUCCGCUGCCCUUAUUCCUAUGACGCUAACGCUAUUGUUUGUACUAUCGUCGACGAUCUUGGUGCAGGGAUAUGGGAAGAGUAACGAUCCGAACGACGAACCCUUCCUGCCGAUAUACCCAGUCUACCCUUACAGUCCGAAAUUAAUUAAAAGGGGAGCAGACAAGGAGACUAGCACGCAAUUGUCUCCGGAAUUGUACGCGCCUAAAGUCGACGCCAAGGAAUCGUACAGCGCGAGCUAUGCCAGUAAUUACCCUCGAGAUCCUUACUACCCCAGUUACAACCCAUAUCCUAAGGUUUCUUCUCCGUCAGGAUACGCUUACUACAGCAGCAUUCCGUAUUCCUACCCGACAGCACCGUACAACGCGUACAAUUCGUACUCGACUCCUUACACGGUGCCUCCACCUUCUUACACAGCCGUACCGUACUCCUCGUCUUAUCCCAAUUAUUACUAUCAGCAUGCUUAUCAUUAUCCCAAUUAUUACAACCAGCCUCUGUUCCCUCCGCCGCCGCUACCUCCAGCCAUGGCAGAUUAUCCCGGCGAUUCCGCUUCCGAGUCAGAAGCCAGCGAUAAGAGCAAAGAGAAGGAGCCUGCCGGAGGGAAGAAGUACAGGGAGAACGAACUUCAUCAAUACGUCGAAGGAGCGAACUACAUCUCUAGAAAUCCGACAGAUCUCGACGGACAGUCGAGCUCUUACAAAAGUAGCGCUCUUCAGAAACAGCUGGAACAAAUGAACGAGCUCCAGCUGAAGAAUGUACCCAUUCCUUUGCCUAAGACGACCUACAGAGUCAUUAGCGUUGCCGGACAACCGGUAGGUCCUGAUUAUCCUCUACCGCCGCCUUACGAGAAAGCUCAGCACGUCGAAGAGAUGAUGAACAACGCCUGGGCUAAGAUAUUCGUGCAGAAUGUACAACAAAGUCUCGAGGCGAACAGAAAUCCCGGAGCUACGCACCAAAACGAGCGUAGCAAGGAUGGCCAACGUUUCGUUUCCGUACCAAACAUGAUAGCCAAGGCUGGCCUUGCCUACAUCGUCAAUCCUAACCUUCUUGGGAAACUGAACGUUGGCCAGGCUAACAGUCCGCUCAUUCAGGCGCCUACGACUCAGUCGAAGAGCAUAAAGUAUCCACCGCUGAACCCGGGAGUUUAUACAGCGAUCGAGAAGCCUGGGAAGGAUCAGACUGAUUCGAACGACUACGGAAACUAUGAGAACUCGCCUUCCCAGAGUAGCCAGGAUUACGACGGUUCCUUGAAUCCUGCUGAUAAGCAGCAACAGCAGCAGCAGAAUUACGAGAACGAUUUGGGCCAGAAUUUUGUCACCGUGCAGCCGUCUCGAGGAUACAAUUAUCAGUACAAGAACUAUAGUCCUCCUCAGACGUUCAUGCAGUAUAAAAGUACAAUGGACGAGACGAAUUUCGGAACGAAGACGAGGGAAGGGUAA